GCGUGUGUAUUAACUUCCAAAUAUAGUGGUGUAUUUUUGAGCGUAGGUUUUAUCAUGGUUUAUAUUGUAAAUUAAUCAAGGUAUGUCCCCACACCACAUGAAAGAUCCAGAGAUGAGAGGAGCCAGAUCGUCUUAUUCUAAUGGCUACAGUUCAGAUCAGCACAGCGACACCAGUGAUGAUGGACCAGCCUACUUAGUGGAACAUUUAGCAACAUUCUCUGUAGGACCUCAGUUUGGUUUAGAGACCCCAAAAGAUGGGUUGAGACGUUUAUUUCAAAUGGAGAAAACCAAUGGAAUUUGGACCCAAAAGAUGCAGAUGAAGUUAGACAAGAGAUGGCUUGUAAUUAUUGAUUAUGAGAAUGGAGAUGUUGUGGAAAAGUUUCCAAUGAACUUGAUUAGUGAUCCAACUGACUUUACCAGUCGUGAUCCUAAAGAACUGUACAACAAUAUAGUUAUUUUUAUUGUUGUCGGUGACCCAAAACAUAAAGACCAUAAUCCUUCUGAAAUGCACAUAUUUCAGUCACUGCAAGUGUCUGCUCAUGAUGUUGUAGCUGAUAUGAAACUCUUUAUGACUGGAAAAUGGAAGCCUGGGUACAGAAGUGAUAGGCGAUCCAUUCCACCACCUCCUGCUAAUUCUCCACCUGAGCCACCUCUCAAUGGCAUCAGUGUAAGAGAACAAGUAGAUAUGUUCAAUGCAUCAGUCAAAGCUCAUGUUCCAAGUUCUCCAGCACCACAUGGUCUGGCAAUUCACCAAGAGCGACUUGAGCGAGCAGACAGAUCAGAAAAUAUACGGUCAAGUUUGUCUCGUGCAUCCAAUGAUGAAACAAGCUCAACUACAAGUGAAAGAUAUGAGAGAGAUGUUACCAUGCUGAACCAUUGUUUUGAUGAUAUUGAGAGAUUUAUUGCACGUCUUCAACAUGCUGCAGCAGCUUUCAAGGAACUUGAACGUAGGCAAAAAAGCAGGAAGAGCAAGAAGAAAGAUCUAGGAGAUGGAAUGUUGAGUAUGAGAGCUAAGCCACCACCUGAGCGAGAAUUUCUUGACAUUUUACAGAAAUUUAAGUUGUCCUUCAACCUUUUGGCAAGAUUGCGGAAUCACAUACAUGAACCAAAUGCACCUGAACUGGUUCAUUUCUUGUUCACACCUCUUACUGUGAUUGUGGAAGCUGCACGAGACUCAAAUUAUGGACCUAAUAUUGCAGACAAAGUGAUUGCCCCUCUUUUAACAGGAGAUGCCAUUGAUCUACUAAAAAAUUGUUGUACAUCUAAAGAAAGUGACUUAUGGUAUAGCUUAGGGGAAACCUGGAUCGUUCCACGAGAACUGUGGAAGGGUUAUGAAGGUAAUUUUCGUCCAGUAUUUGGAGAUGGCUGGGCACCAGAAAUUUCAUUUGUAGAUGAGAGAGAGAGAUCUGAGCUGAAUGCACCAGUGACUUCUUCAGUUAUUCAGAGGACUCACCAAGAAGAUGUAAGAAGAAGUAAUGAAGAAGAGUUCCGAAGACCAUUAGGCCUCCCAUCAGAUCAAGAGAGUCAUUAUGACAGUGACUUUUUCUAUAGAAGUGAACGAAGAGGUGAGAGAGAUCCUCAGUCUGUACCACCUAACCAUCCACCCUCAGCAUUUGAUAAUCGUCACUAUGAGACUCAACAUUUAAGUGUUCCAGGAAGGGGUGAACGGCAUUCAUCUUCUGAACGGGACUUCAGAGACACAAGGUCAGAUGUGAGUGCUGACUCUAUUGAGCAGGGUAUAGACCCACAACAACAAUUUGAAAGGCAUCAACAGCGUUGGAUGGAAGAACUGAAAGCCAGUGGUGCUAAGAUUGUGGUAGUAUUAUACCCAAGAACAGCAAACAAUGAUAAAGAGUUGUCAGUGGUGAGGGGGGAGGUGCUGGAGGUUCUUGAUGAUAGUAGAAAGUGGUGGCGGGCAAGAAAUUAUCAGAACCAAGUGGGUCAUGUUCCUCACACCAUUGUCACUCCAUACCAGGCUAUAGUUCGUGAAGAGGAAACUAUUAACAAUCGAUCAUAUCCCCGAGGUGGGCCAGUGAGAGAAACUUACCAGAGCCAGUCUUUGUUCCAGGGAAGCCUUCUUGGAGGAAGGGAUAGACUAGAAGAAGGCUCUCAUCGGGGUUCUCAAGGGUCAGUUGGUGCUCCAGCACCACCUGAGUGGAUACAACGAGAACGAAGAGACAGCAGUAUUAAUGCUCCUUCACCAUCUUCCUUUCUAUCAGAAGAAUUAUCUCCAGUUAAAGUCGACGUUGCUAACUCUCCUCCUCUAACGAAACAACAGUCUAAUCUUACAGACACUGCUACAAAGACUACUUUAACCAUUUCGGCAAAGCCAAUGAAUGUGCAAGAAAAAUACAGUGAUAGUCCUUAUUACGUCACAAAAGCGCCAUUAAAAGGAAAAGAAAGUGAUGACGGCACGCCUCCAUCAUCUUUAUUAUUGAGAACAGAGCAAAAGGUUAAAGGCAACAAUGCUGAUGAUACUCCUCUAGUCUUGAGCUCCUUUACGACAGAAAUAAAGCGCGUUAAAAAUGAGAAAUUGAAAACCAGGUCUAGGAGCAUAGUCAAACAAAAUAACCAGCAACUUCCUCGACCAAACACACCACCAUCUGCCCCUAAUGCACCUCCAGCGCCACCUCUGCCAACAAAGCCCUUCGUUGUGAAGAAGAAAGAUGUGUCUGUCCCCAGAGAUGCACAUGACUGCCUGAAGAAAGAACUUUAUGAACAUGUGACUUUAGGCUGUAAUACGAAUAAAAAGUGGGGAAAGAUAAAUCUAAACCACUGGGAUGGAUUGUACAUAACUGCUGAGUCAAAGCCAGUUGAAGUCCAAGAGUGGCUAGAGUCUAAGGACUUUGUCCCAAAGAUCAGGGAUUUGUUUAAUGGGAUGACUGGAAAGAUGAUGUUUAAGCUGACCCGUUCUCGUCUGGAGGAAGUUCUUGGAAAUGAGGAAGGAGGUCGACUCCACAGCCACCUAACUGUUCAGAAAAAUAUCAGUGGGUAUAAAACAUUUAGUAGCAGAGAACUACAGGCUAUUCUAGCUGAAAGACGUCGAAAAAUAGAAAGCACUACUGAUGAUACAUUUUCAUUUAGCCAAGACUGUAACUCUGAUUUUAAUGAUUCCACACUUAACUCCGAUUCCGGUGUUUCCAUUCAAAGCUUUAACUCUGAUAUCUCCAACCAAGGCUCUGAUUCAGCAGCCAAGGAGCAUUGGUCACCCAGGAAGCUAUAUGGUGUCAAGAGAGAAAAGGAAAAACCAACGCUUAAAUGGCAACAGCAACAACUGUUGGCUCAAGCCUUGACUAAUUAGCAACAUGAUGUUCAUGGAAUCGAAUCAUGCAUCCCGGAUUUUAUAAACAUUGUUCUGCAUCAUCUUUAUAACAGUGAAUACAAGACACUGGAAUAUUAAUUAAAUCCAGUGCUAAUUAUUUGAUUGAGAAAUUCAAUGUGUUAUUAUCGCAAGGAAAUGCGUUGUUUUAGUACUACAAAUAACGUGAUAUGAUUUUUUUUUAUCAUGUGCUUAGAGAGAAUAUUUCCUAACAAAUUUUCUCCAGGAAAACAUUUAACAUCGACAUGGUUUCAAUUAUCAGAAAAAUUCUUAAUUUUUUAAUUUGUAAAAUGAAGUAAGAAGCCUUUUAAUAAAAAAUAUUUAACAUGUUAAAACAUAUCCUAUUAAAACAAUGGAGAGACGUUUAAUAUUCAAAUGUAAAAUGUGUUCAUUGAUGUUAAUUGUUAUUAUGCAUAUGUGAGGAUUGUCUGAAACCAUAUACUGUUAACCGUGUCUUGUGCUCUUAAAUGAUGUUUUAAAACAAGAAACAGUUAAAUUAUGUAGAUAUAAAUAUGAGAUGCACAAUGAAAAUUUUGAAUUUUGUUAUUGUGAAACUAACUCAUUGGUUAUUAAUACAUCAAUUAUAACAUAUAACUCUGGUGAUGAGAGACAGCCAAUUGUAAUUGUUGUGUUUCAUCAUAAUGGAGGCCAAGGCUUAGGCAAUUGUUGUGUCUUGUAAUAGUAACUGAAGUUGAGGUGAUUGUUUAUGAGAGAAUUCGAAUGAGAUGCAAGUUGUCAGAAAUAAGCACUAGUUAAUGUAAUUAUAUUAGUAUAUAGUCACUAAGAUGUUUCAUAGACACACAGUGAUUUGUGCUGUGUACUCAGAAAGGACAGUCUGCUUUGAACGGAUUAAAUAUGGAUGUCGUUUCGGCACCCUCAACCUGAUAAAGGCAAUUGUGUUAGUGCAGAAACAUCAUCCAGAUUAAAUCUGUUCAAAGCAAACACUACACGACGGUUCCACUUUUAAUGUAGACUAAAACUUGAAAGUAUCUGCAGUAUUGCUCAGUAUGUAACUUAUGUAAAAAAUGUUCAGAAAAGGUGCUCAAAAACGUAUCACGUGAUUAGUAAAGUACAUGCUCUUGUAUUGAAUGAUAUUCUAUGUUGUGCUUGUGAAGAAAAAAUUCUUCCUGCUGUCACUCAGGUCAGCUGGUUUACUCAUGCUACUCACCUGGUCAACUAGUUGACUCCUACAGUCAUGUGAUUUAUUUUGUUGGUUUAUGUGAAUAAUGAAUUAUUCCUACAAAUAUGUGGCUUAUUUAGUUGGUUUAUGCGAAUAAUGAAGUAUUCCUACAAAUAUGUGGCUUAUUUAGUUGGUUGAUGUGAAUAAUUAAUUAUUCCUUCAAUCAUGUGGCUUAUUUAGUUGGUUUAUGUGAAUAAUUAAUUAUUCCUACAAAUAUGUGGCUUAUUUAGUUGGUUUAUGUGAAUAAUGAAGUAUUCCUUCAAUCAUGUGGCUUAUUUAGUUGGUUUAUGUAAAUAAUGAAGUAAUCCUACAAAUACAUAGCUUAUUUAGUUGGUUUAUGUGAAUAAUGAAGUAAUCCUACAAAUACGUAGCUUAUUUAGUUGGUUUAUGUGAAUAAUGAAGUAUUCCUUCAAUCAUGUGAUUUAUUUUGUUGGUUUAUGUGAAUAAUGAAUUAUUCCUACAAAUAUGUGGCUUAUUUAAUUGAUUUAU